CCGGGCCGCAACCGCAGCGAAGGCAGCCACCCGAGCUGCCGCGCAUUAUGCAAAGCCGCAGCAGAUGUCAGCGGGGCCAGCCGGGGGCUUGUUGGCCUCUUCUCCCAGCGGCUCGCCCAGCUGCCUAACGUGCCCUGAAGACUCCCCUGGCCCGGCCCAGGAGCCGAGAAGGGCCGAAAUGGCCUGAGUACCCAAGGUGCAGCGGCACAGCGGCGGCAUUGCAACAUGGGGAACCAGGAUGCGAAGCUGAAGAGGAGCGCAGGUGAUGCCUUACACGAAGGCGGUGGAUGCGGCGCCGAGGAUGCUGUGGGGCCCAGGGAUGUGGAAGCUACAAAGAAGGGGAGCGGGAGCAAGAAGGCUCUGGGCAAGCACAGCAAGGGAGGAGGGGGCAGCGGCGGGGAACCCAGCAAAAAGAAGAGCAAGUCGGACUCCAGACCCUCCGUGUUUUCCAACCUGCGGAUUAGGAAGAACCUCUCCAAAGGGAAAGGUUCUGGCGGCUCCCGGGAGGAUGUGUUGGACUCUCAGGCCCUGCAGACCGGGGAGCUGGACAGCGCUCAUUCCCUGGUCACCAAGACCCCGGACCUCAGCCUGUCUGCUGAUGAGACGGGCCUGUCGGAUACUGAGUGUGCGGACCCUUUUGAGAUAACCCUUCCAGGUGGUCCUAGGCCUGCAGAGGCUGGGUUAGGGGUCCAGGCCGUCGCUGAGGAUUUGGAAACUGUGGUAGGGGCGCAGGAUGGACAAAGGACCAGUUCGGGCUCGGACACGGACAUCUAUAGCUUCCAUUCGGCUGCGGAGCAAGAGGAUUUGCUCUCAGACAUCCAGCAGGCGAUUCGCCUGCAGCAGCAGCAGCAGCAGCAGCAGCAGCAGCAGCAGCAACAGCAGAACUCCGAGGAGCCUGCAGCGCCCCCCGCUGCCGCCUUCCCUCAACCCGGGGCCUUCCUGGGCCUCCACGGGUUUCUGCUGGGACCGAGCGGAGGGGCUGAGGAGGCCCGAGGCAGUCCCGACACAGAGCAGGCACUAUCCGCACCCUCUGACCUUCCUGAAAGCCAGACCACCACGUCCCGGGUGCCAGAGCAGCCGCCAUCCCCCAAGGGCCUCCUUGCCUCGGAGGCCCCCAGUUUACCGCCGGCCCAGUCUGCAGUAGCAGACUCGCCUUCCUCCACCGCCUUCCCAUUUCCCGAGGCCAGGACGGAGGAGGGCGCAGUACCAGCCUCCGUAAGAGAAGCUGAAGACACAGACGAGGAAGCAGAGGAGGAUGCUUUUGAGGAUGCUCCCCGAGGCUCUCCAGGGGAAGAGUGGGGCCCAGAGGUGGGAGAGGUCACGCAGAGUCUGGAUGAAGAGCCAGAGGAGCAGACGCACGGGGCCAGGGUCCCCGCAGCAGCCACCUCUCUGCCCAGUAGCCCCGCACCCAGCCCGCGCUGCUUCAAGCCCUACCCACUCAUUACCCCCUGUUACAUCAAGACCACCACCCGGCAGCUCAGCUCACCCAAUCACUCCCCGUCUCAGUCCCCCAGCCAGAGCCCCAGGAUUAAGAGACGACUGGAGCCCUCCUUGAGCCGGGGCCCCAGAACCGCCCUGGUCUCAGCAGUCGCCCCAGCCAAGAAGCACCGGACCGAAGGCAGCCUCGCAGGCGGCCUCAGCCGCUCAGCCGACUGGACUCAGGAGCUGGGUGCCGGUACCCCGGCGGCAGGAGGCUCUGCGCACCUUCUGGAGCCUGGCGCAGCUGCAAACAGUAGCGGUGGCCUGUCCCCUGCUCUAGCAGGCAAGGUGUCUGGAGCUCCGGGGACUGCGGAUGGCUUUCAGAACGUGUUCACAGGGCGAACUCUGCUGGAGAAGCUGUUCAGCCAGCAAGAGAACGGGCCUCCAGAAGAAGCAGAGAAAUUUUGCUCACGGAUCAUUGCCAUGGGUCUUUUACUUCCUUUUAGUGACUGCUUCAGGGAACCAUGUAAUCAGAAUGCACAGUCAAGUUCUGCUCCAUUUGAUCAAGAUCAACUUUAUACCUGGGCUGCAGUCAGUCAACCCACACACUCACUGGAUUACACAGAAGGUCAGUUUCCCAGGCGAGUCCCAUCUAUGUGGCCACCGUCAAGACCUCCUGAUGAAGAACACAGGCCCAAGGAUGCUGAAACAGAAUCUCAAUCUGCUAUUUUGGAAACUCCGGAAAAAAGUUCAGAUGCUGCCCAGCAGGAAAUUUUGGAUAUGAAGUCUGAAGGACAGGCAAAUGUAAUUCAGCAACUGGAACAAACCAUCGAAGAUCUGAGGACCAAAAUAGCUGAACUAGAAAAGCAGUACCCUGUCUUGGACACCGAGGUGGCCGGCAGCCAUCAAGGGGCUGAGAAUGGAGUGACAUCCUCAGAAGAUGUCUGCCUAGAAACUUUAAGAUUAGUAGGAAAGGAUAUGCAACCUCAAAGGAUUUUAGAGGCAAAAUCUAUACAGACUUCCCCAACAGAGGAGGGUGGGAUACUAACACUACCAUCUGUGAAGGCACUGUCAGAAGGUCCUCCAUGUCCACCUGGGGCUGAAAGUGGAGAGUCAGCUGUUCCAACGUCACCUUCUGGACCUCAGACAAAAUUUUGUUCUGAGAUUUCUUUGAUUGUGUCUCCAAGGCGAAUAUCAGUACAGCUUGAGGCCCAUCAGUCCACGCCGAGUGUAUCACAGCCUCUACCACCUUCAUCCCUUCCAUGUUCUGAUAGUCAGGGGCAGCCUGGGUCACAGUUGUCCCAUCCUUCUUUUCGUACUGAGUUUGAAACCAGCCAUGAACACUCUGUUUUCUCCUCCUUUGGAAACAGCUGUAAUAUUCCACCCCCACCACCUCUGCCUUGCACAGAAUCCUCUACCUCCAUGCCUAGCCUGGGCAUGGCAACUCCAUCACCUUCCCCUCUCCCUGAUGUGACAGUGCCUCCUCUGCCCAGUGUAGCAGUUCCCCUACCUCCCCCUCUGCCUGGUACUGAAAUGCUGCCACCCACUCCUGCUCCUUCUCUUCCUGGAGUGGGAAUACCUCCCCCGCCUCCUCUACCUGAUAUGGGAAUACCUCCUCCUCCCCCUCUCCCUGGAGUGGGAAUACCCCCUCCCCCUCCUCUUCCUGGAAUACCUCCUCCUCCCCCUCUUCCCGGAGUGGGAAUCCCCCCUCCUCCCCUUCUUCCUGGAGUGGGAAUCCCCCCUCCUCCCCCUCUCCCUGGAGUGGGAAUACCCCCUCCUCCUCCUCUCCCUGGAGUGGGAAUACCACCCCCUCCUCCUCUUCCUGGAGUAGGAAUACCUCCCCCUCCUCCUCUUCCUGGAAUGGGAAUACCUCUUCCCCCUUCUCUUUCUGGAAUACCUCCACCUCCUCCCCUCCCUGGAGUGGGAAUACCCCCUCCCCCUCCUCUUCCUGGUAUACCUCCUCCCCCACCCCUUCCUGGAAUGGGAAUACCCCCUCCCCCUCCUCUUCCUGGUAUACCUCCUCCCCCACCCCUUCCUGGAAUGGGAAUACCCCCUCCCCCUCCUCUUCCUGGAGUGGGAAUACCUCCUCCUCCCCCUCUUCCUGGAGUUGGUAUUCCCCAACCUCCUCCUUUGCCAGGUAUGGGAAUUCCACCAGCUCCAGCCCCUCCUCCUCCACCUCCUGGGACAGGGAUCCCCCCACCUCCCCCACCCCCUCUGCUCACUGGGUCUGGGCCUUCACUCUCCCCACAAGUUGGGAGUAGCACUUUACCAACACCACAAGUGUGUGGGUUUCUUCCUCCUCCAUUGCCUACUGGCUUGUUUGGAUUAGGGAUGAAUCAGGACAGAGGGAGUAGGAAGCAACCAAUAGAGCCUUGUCGGCCAAUGAAGCCUCUUUACUGGACAAGAAUUCAACUCCAUAGUAAAAGAGACUCCAGUCCUUCACUUAUUUGGGAAAAAAUUGAAGAGCCAUCCAUAGAUUGUCAUGAAUUUGAGGAAUUGUUUUCUAAGACUGCUGUAAAGGAGCGAAAGAAACCUAUUUCUGACACUAUCUCAAAGACCAAGGCUAAACAGGUUGUCAAGUUAUUAAGCAACAAAAGAUCACAAGCAGUUGGAAUCUUAAUGUCUAGUCUUCAUCUAGAUAUGAAAGACAUACAACAUGCUGUUGUGAACUUGGACAACUCAGUGGUUGACCUGGAGACUCUUCAAGCUCUCUAUGAGAAUAGAGCUCAGUCCGAUGAACUGGAAAAAAUUGAGAAGCACGGCCGAUCCUCCAAAGACAAGGAAAAUGCCAAGUCUCUGGACAAACCUGAACAGUUCCUUUAUGAACUGUCACUAAUCCCCAACUUUUCAGAGCGAGUCUUUUGCAUCCUGUUCCAGUCAACGUUUUCAGAAAGCAUUUGCUCAAUUCGUCGCAAACUGGAAUUGCUACAGAAAUUAUGUGAGACAUUAAAAAAUGGCCCAGGGGUUAUGCAGGUUCUAGGUUUGGUUCUUGCCUUUGGCAACUACAUGAAUGGUGGAAAUAAAACUCGGGGACAGGCCGAUGGCUUUGGAUUAGACAUUCUCCCAAAGCUGAAAGAUGUCAAAAGCAGUGACAAUAGCAGAAGCCUUCUGUCAUAUAUUGUUUCAUAUUAUCUCCGAAAUUUUGAUGAGGAUGCUGGAAAAGAACAGUGUGUCUUUCCACUGCCAGAACCACAGGACCUUUUUCAGGCCUCACAGAUGAAGUUUGAAGAUUUUCAAAAAGAUCUCAGAAAACUGAAGAAAGACUUAAAAGCCUGUGAGGUUGAAGCUGGGAAAGUAUACCAAGUCUCCUCUAAAGAGCACAUGCAGCCUUUCAAAGAAAACAUGGAACAAUUUAUUAUUCAAGCUAAAAUUGACCAAGAGGCAGAGGAGACUUCACUGACAGAAACUCAUAAAUGUUUUUUGGAGACUACAGCCUAUUUCUUCAUGAAACCAAAACUUGGAGAGAAAGAGGUGUCCCCAAAUGUUUUCUUCAGUAUCUGGCAUGAAUUCAGCUCUGACUUUAAAGACUUUUGGAAGAAAGAGAACAAACUUAUUCUACAAGAAAGAGUAAAAGAAGCCGAAGAGGUGUGCAGGCAGAAGAAAGGAAAAUCAUUGUAUAAAAUAAAACCAAGACAUGACUCUGGAAUUAAAGCAAAGAUAAGCAUGAAAACAUGAACAAUGAAUGGCACAACAAUGAAAAUGAGUCAUUGCAACAACAUCCACAAAAUUCAGCUGACCUGAGGGUGGGAAGAAAACUACAUCAUUUUGAUCAUUUUUCUUCUUAACCUUUUAGUUUGUAGCUUAAGUGCAAAGAAAUACUAGUGUUUUUCUUGUUGUUGUUUUGUAGUUUUCCUGUCCCCUCAGUUCCCUCCAAUGUGUAUAAUACCAUUCUUCAAUGAAGUAAUAGGACAUUUAACAAAGAUCACUAUGUGCAAUACUGUAUUUAGUGUUUCUAUGUCAAUUUUUUAGGAUGUUAAUUUAUAUGAAAAUA